GUAGUAAUAUUUUAGUGGUCGGUUUAUCACUUCAUUUAAUGUCAUUACUCAUUAACUCACUUCUUUCUCUUUGCAUCAUUUUAAUACAUAUUUAAGGCUUAAGCACAUUUUUAAAAAAAAAACAUUUUUAAUUUAUUAAGUAUAAAAACACAUAUUUACAAAAAUUACACAAUGUUGAUCAAAGUCAAGACUCUAACAGGAAAAGAGAUUGAAAUCGAUAUAGAACCUACAGAUAGAGUUGAAAGAAUUAAAGAAAGAGUUGAAGAAAAAGAGGGCAUUCCACCUCAGCAACAGAGAUUGAUUUUUUCCGGAAAACAGAUGAACGAUGAAAAGACUGCUCAAGAUUACAAAGUUCAAGGAGGAUCUGUAUUACAUUUGGUAUUAGCAUUAAGAGGAGGUAUUUUCCAAUCCGUUUAAUAAUGUGUAAAAACGAUCAUAACUCUGAUUUCAAACUUUUUUUUUUCAACUAUUUUAUUUAUUUCCAUUCAUAUGUAACUGAAUUCAACAAUAAUAAAUAAAUGAAAUAUUUACUAUAAUCAA